AUGAGCUUCCCAUCCCAAACGCCUCAGACGCCACCUCAAAGAUCUACGCUUAAUGAACCUCCGCCACUUGUGAACCCUUUCAGCCAAUUUGAUGAGCGUGCAUUGUGGAAAGGCUUUGAUUUCAACGACUUCCACUCACCUACGCCGUCUUUUGCCUUGUGGAACUCACCAGAUACUCCGUCAUCAUCCACUUUUGACCCUGUAAAUUACUCCCCCACCGCUCAGCUCGAUUUUGAGCGCUUCACUCUGGCUGACUACAAUAACCAAGACACCACCUCUUUUCGUGUCAACAGCCGCGAUGACGACAACGUUGGCUUUUUCAGUAAUAGCAUCAAGUAUAAUGAUCUCUUUAUGCCUUUUCAAGACAACAUUGUUGGCCUCAAUCCAGUCAUCAACUGUCGCGUAGAUAAGGGAUUUAUAUGGGCAAAUAACUCCAACAAGACUGUAGCCACGACAUACCGGCGCAACUUUUUCCAGAUCAGCACAAGCGUUGUUCUCCAGCCAAACAACCGAAUUCAAAUGAACGAUGAGGAGAUUGGCAAUCCAUUGGUCAUGAUAAAUGGUCAAUACCACCCAAUAGACUCGUUCUCUGUUGGUAUCAGCGCGAGCAUGUGCGACGACUGUGCGGUUGUCGAGGAUCCCGUUCACUUGAUCCAGUUCUCCACAGCGAGAGAGAAAGGACCGAAACGGUUUCCAUCGCGCUUGCCGCUACAGGCGUUGAUAAGCAACGACAGCGACGACAGCGAGGCACAAGUAGCCAAGUUUGAGCGCAUCCAAUUCGAACGGAGCACCCACAGAAAGUCGGAGAUGUUUCGCCUCAAUGUGUCUCUCCACGCUCAACUCGACAAUAGCGCAGAAGUACGGAUAGGCGAAGCCAAGAGCAUGCCUAUUGUCGUCAGAGGCCGCUCACCCGGACAUUACCCAGACGAAACGUACGCUGGGAGAACACUACCACGCGCAAGAUCCACGCAGGUUUUGCGCAAGAAGGGGAAAGGCGGAAAGAGUAUGCGUGUGUCUAAAAGCACACCUUCAUUUAACAGCAAUUCCGCCGCAAGGAGAAUGUCCUCUAUCACACUCGAUAGUGUUGCUUCCAGUGCUUCUACUAACACCAACGACUCUCACGAUACCCCGAUGUCGACUGCGGCUUCAAUCCCAGACACCCAGUACACCCAGUACACCCACGACAACCUCCCCGGCCACGCCGAUCCGACUCCGGCCAAACCAACACUCCAAGAUCUUGCAAUGGCAUGUGAGAUGGAUAUGGCUACACUUUGA